GCGGGGCCGGCGCGCUGCUCCCUGCUGGAGCUCCCGCCCGAGCUGCUGGUGGAGAUCUUCGCCUCGCUGCCCGGCACCGACCUGCCCAGCCUGGCGCAGGUCUGCAGCAGGUUCCGCCGCAUCCUGCACACCGACACUAUCUGGAGACGGCGCUGCCGCGAGGAGUAUGGCGUUUGUGAAAACCUGCGGAAGCUGGAGAUCACAGGCGUGUCUUGCCGCGAUGUCUAUGCAAAGCGUAUAAACCCUCGAGUGAAGUCAGGACGCUUCAUGAAAAUUCUCCCUGAUUACGAGCACAUGGAGUACAGAGAUGUGUACACCUGCCUGCUUCACCGAUACAGACACAUUUUGGGGUUGUGGCAGCCAGACAUCGGGCCUUAUGGAGGACUCCUGAACGUGGUGGUGGAUGGCCUGUUCAUCAUCGGCUGGAUGUACCUGCCUCCUCAUGACCCCCACGUUGGUGACCCCAUGCGAUUCAAGCCACUGUUUAGAAUUCACCUGAUGGAGAGGAAGUCAGCCACGGUGGAGUGUAUGUACGGCCACAAAGGGCCCCACAACGGCCACAUCCAGAUUGUGAAGAGAGAUGAGUUUUCCACCAAGUGCAACCAGACAGAUCACCACAGGAUGUCCGGUGGGAGGCAGGAGGAGUUUCGGACGUGGCUGAGGGAGGAGUGGGGCCGCACGCUGGAAGACAUCUUCCAUGAGCACAUGCAGGAGCUGAUUCUGAUGAAGUUCAUCUACACCAGUCAGUACGACAACUGCCUGACCUACCGCCGGAUCUACCUCCCACCCAGCCACCCCGAUGACCUCAUCAAGCCAGGCCUCUUUAAGGGCACCUAUGGCAGCCAUGGCCUGGAAAUUGUGAUGCUCAGCUUCCAUGGCUCACGUGCCAGGGGCACCAAGAUCACGGGCGACCCAAACAUCCCUGCUGGGCAGCAGACUGUGGAGAUUGACCUGCAUCGUCGAAUCCAGCUGCCAGAUGUGGAGAACCUCCGCAACUUCAACGAACUCUCCAGGAUUGUCCUGGAGGUCCGAGAGCAGGUGCGGCAGGAGCAGCAGGAGGCUGGCGAGGACCCUGCCCCACUUCGGGAGCCUUCAGCCAAGGGCCCUGAUGGGCCGCAUGCUGCGGACAGCAAAGAGCCUGGCAGUGGAGCUGAGGCAGCUGAGCCGUCGGCCUCAUCUGGGCAGGGGCAGCCAUUUGUGUUGCCUGUGGGUGUCAGCUCAAGGAAUGAGGACUAUCCCCGCACUUGCCGGCUCUGUUUCUACGGCACAGGCCUCAUUGCUGGCCAUGGCUUUACCAGUCCUGAGCGCACUCCUGGUGUCUUUGUCCUGUUUGAUGAGGACCGCUUUGGGUUUCUCUGGCUGGAACUGAAGUCCUUCAGCUUGUACAGCCGAGUCCAGGCCACCUUCCAGAAUGCCGAUGCACCGUCGCCACAGGCCUUCGAUGAGAUGCUCAGGAACAUCCAGUCUCUCACCUCCUGACCUCCACGUGGGCAGAGAGGCUGCACUGGGGCCCGGGGUGGGGGAAGCAUGCACUUGGGAAAUGAACGCACACCUCCUCACUAGGGUCCUGGUUGCCCUGAGACACUUCUUGUAUAGUGUGUAACAUACUCUUGUAUAUUUGAUUUGUUGGUAGCUAUGGAGGAGAGCAUUAAAUAUGGUGGGAAAAAUAGUGGAGCCAGUGUGAAUCUGACAAGCUAGUGGCUGUGGCACAAAGAAUCAAAUGGAUGCCUACAGGUUCUCUGGAGAAAGUGAAUGAGGAAGGGUGGAGUUGCUAGAUGCCAGCCAGAGAGUGUUAUGGCACAGCCACCAUGGAUCAUGGAAAGUGUUCUGCUGCACCUGUUCCCUUGGAUGACCUAAACAGCUACAGCUGGGAAGUAGUCUUAGUGGAGUUGUUGGGAGUAUCAGGCACAGGGAACCUGGAUGGUUUCCAUUUCCUCACUAACUUGCUCAGACAAGGGCAUUCUACAUGACCUGUUUUCCUGUCCUGGUUCAUAGGAGCCACCAAGGAGUGUCACUGCAGUCUCCAUCCUGGCCCCCUGGUGUCCUCUGUGUCAUACCUGCUCCAGUGUUAGAACCAAGCUGUCAGGCCAGCCACUUGCUUGUCCCCAGCAGCCACACACACUUCCUUGUUCCUCCACACAUAUGAUGGAGAGCUGGCACUGCCUAUUUGCCUGUAGGGCCUGCCCUGGCUGGACACCAUGUCCCUGUUGCUUUCAUUUCUUGGUUGUGCAGGUGCCUCUCACGGUGCUGAUGGCAUCAGCAGAGAUGCUUGUGAAGCCCUUCAUAGGCCAAAGGGAGAGGACAGCUCCUUAGACAGUCACACUUCUGUGGAGAGCAUUGCUAAUUGAGGACUCACCUGGUCAAAGACCCUGAGUGCUGGGCCAUGUUAAUGUCUGUAUUUGGGAACCCUUUUUGAGGCCAACAUUAGUGUCUCCAAAAGGGCAGAGACCAAGAGCUCAGACCUUUGGGAACUCCAGCACUUCUAGUGUUGAGCAGACUUCUAGGCUGCCUCUUCCCCCUUGGCCACUCAUCCCUGGGGGCUGUUGCAAGCCCUUGUACUAGGUGUUCAGAACUUAUCCUACUGGUCAGAGACUUUAGAAAGGUGGCAAUCACACAGGGAUGGCUGUACCCUCCCUUACACAAGGGCCUGCAGGCUUGGGAGGUAGUGUGGCAAAGGACCUUUGUGAAUUGGUUUUGGGAUGCUGGCUUUCUGGGGUGCCAUAACAGAACCUGCAGUGAGCUGCCAGGGCUGUGUCCUGACAUCUAGCAUCUUUUGCAGGAUUGAGUCCCAGGCUUUUGUUACUUCCUUUGUUAGUCGUGAGUGUUUAUAUUGUGCCAAAUGAGGCAGGCUCUGGACAGUGAGGACUGUGACUAUGAAGCUUCAGGGACAGUGAAGACCAGGCAGUUGGGCAGGUGGUUUACUGUGUUUGGAGAAAAUCAAGAAUACAUUUUACCCAGGCCCCGAGGCUUGCUGUGAAGAUGCUGUAGUUCAGAAUUUUAUUAAGUGUCCUCAGCCACUUCCAAUUAAGGAGGGGCAAUCACACAUAUUAGCCAACCACACAUUGGCUUUCCUAAACACAUGCCCCAUUUACUGCAGGUGAGUGUUGAUAAGAGCUACUAUCACUGUUGAAUGUAGGUGAGACAGUACUGCCUAGCCAGGCCCAGGUUCUCUACAGGUGACAGGUAGACAGACAUCUUUGUCUCUGGGCCUCCCCAGGUGAGCACUGUUGGCCGGCCUUGUCAUUUUGCUGCUCAGGCUGUGUAGUUCCUGGAAGUCGGAGAGAAGGCCUCCUCUGGUUUUGCACACUUGGCCUGCUCUGCUGUGUGUGGUUGAGGUCAGGCACAAACCUCAGGAAGUUUUUCUAGUGGGGUCAUUCUUUUGCAUGAGGAUGUUGUUGAUAUCUGUUUAGGCAUUGAUGUGUUCAUCCCGAUGCAGUGUCAGGACAUUGGCUACCAUUUCUCAGACGUCUAACAUCUGCAGUCUGUCCUUGGGAGUCCUAGACUCCUUGCUUUGGUCCUGACUCACCUUGAGUCCCUCUAGCAUCAGCUGCCUGGCUGUUUGUGGCAUGUGUUCAGAUCCUGGGCCCUUCUGCUCUGGGCUGUCAGCUCUGCAGCAUCUCUGUACCUCCUCUUGGGUCCUCCCUGUCACCGCAUGUCUACCAAUAGUGUGGGUGCCUGGCAGUGGCUUCUGGCCAGAUGCUGUGCCAGCCAGUCCUUCCUCACAUCAUACAGUGAGCUCGGAGGCACUUGCUGGGAGCUGAGCACGGUUGUGGCUAGGCAGCCAGGGCUCCUCCCCAGCUGUUGGCUGUCUAUCCCAGUCCUCCAGCGGCUCUCUCUGGUUGCCAGGCUUGCUGAGAACAACACAUGUUCACUUUUUAGUACUUGUGGGCACUAGUGGAGAGGAACCAUCCUCCUCAGCUGUCAGGACACCUGUGCUCCCAGUUUGGGGCUCUUUUCCUAGUGCUGCACUGAUGCCAUAAAGCACCUGACCUGUAAUUUGAUGCUGGCCACAGCAUCUGGGUGUGCUGAGCCCCUUCUGCUCCCCACCUUUCUGUCCUGAUGGGGAAGAAUGUUCACUCUUCAUCCUCAGGUCAUCAUCAGCCAUUUGCUGUUAUAGACCAAGUUUGUGGUUCUGGGGAAGAGUGGGAUAGAUGUCUUCUCGGAGAAGCUGUAAACAGGAGGGCAUGGUUUAGAACUUGUGAAUGAGGCACUAGCAUUCACAGCCCCUUGGCCCAUAUGGACAACCUCCAAAGAGGGAUUUAAUGGUGGGUAGCGACACUGAAGGUAACGCAGGACAAUUUCCUUGGUUGGAUCCUUGGUGUUUGCAUGGAGACGAACAACACCGCCAUAAUGUGCUUUUUCUGCCCAAUUACUUGUGCUCACAAGCCUGUUUGGAAAAUGUGGUUUGUCUGGAGCGCCUCCAAGCUCCAGACAGAUGGUGGCUCUUAAAAGCCUUCUCAGGUCAGCUCAGCUUUGCCUAAGGGUCAGGGAAGGGCCCUGAAAAAGUAGCUGCUGUGUGCCUGGUGUCUGAUGUCACCUGUGACACUCACCUAGGACAUGUGGUUGUUUCUCCUUUCAGUUUUCAGUAAACCUGAUUUUGAAGCCUU